AUGACUGCUCUUGCUGCGCCCAUUAUGAACGGUCACGAAUCGGGACCUGAGAAUGUGACCGAACACAGCCCAAACCGCUUCACGGCAGUCAAUGGCCGAGACCCAGUUCCUGGGAAUGGUUCCACUCACCCUGCUGAGCGUGGACUACCAGACAGGUCUAGCUUAGACGCCAACUCGCGGUAUGAACCGCGGGGAAACUUCGCCAAUGAUCAGGAUCAAGGGCGAGGGUCCCCCAGAUCGUUAUCUCCUAAUUCCCACAAGAAUAAGAGAAAGAGGUCUGAGUCGCGGGAGCAUGAUUCCUCUAACCCUGAUGCCAUGAACGCCAGCCCGGUGAACCGUCAUGCUGACAUUCAUCAUUCCAACCAAAAUGGCAGUACGGCAGGGUCUGUGGCAGACAUGGACCGUGGAAACCACUCUGCGACGCCAUCCCACCGGUCCGACGGUAAUGAGGUGGGCCAGACGUCUGCUAACAGUCCGUGGUCGGAACAUGAUUCCCAGUUGAUCACGCAAGCCCAGAGAGCCCAGCAAAUGGAUCCCUCAGAUGCCCACCUGGCAGAUGCUUUACAACGUGAAGCAGGCCAAGAACGGGGCGCUAAUCGCUCAACCCCGGGGUAUCAGCAGGGUUCUUCUCCCUAUGGGCCACUACAGGUCGCACCAAAGAGGAAGCGAGUCUUUAGUAAUCGAACAAAAACAGGUUGUAUGACCUGCCGUCGCAGAAAGAAGAAGUGUGACGAGCAACAUCCACAAUGCAACAACUGUCUCCGAGGCGGCUUUCUGUGCGAAGGCUAUUCAUCGCGAAGCACUUGGCAGAAGCCAACAAGCGCGAAGGCACCGGUUCCUCUGCAAUCUAAAGAGGGUUACUCGGAUAUCAACAGCCCGUACAUGCAAGAAGCACCUCGUCACCAGGACCGACAGCCCAAUAUGCCAGAGCAUGUGGAUCCCGUUAAAAUAAGGCCCAUGGGAGUUGAGGACACCGAACGUCCUGUCCAACCGUACAGCACCAGUCCCACGACCACGACAUCCACUCCCGGAUGGUCAAAACAACAGUGGCCAUCCGCAAGCGCUGGCCACCCGCCUUACGUCGAACCGGUUUCGAAAGUCACUUAUCGCGAGGUCCCCUCCAUCCAUGAACUCUCCCAAGAUAGCCGAUCCAAACCUGACUACCCGACCAUCUCAUCAAUCCGUGAUCUCAGUCAUGCAUCUCAUCCCAAGACCCCGAUGCCCCUAUUCCAGGGCGGCGUCGAGCAACGAACAUUACCUCCCGCGGCUGUGGACACCCACAGUCCACAGAUCCAGGCCCGAAUGGCAUUGAACAUGGAGCACCACAUGUCUGGUCGAUCCAUUCCAAGCGAGGAGACUGAGAAGGAGAAGAUGCUGAAAGGCGACCUCUACCGCCCAUUCGACGUCCAUCUUGUCGAAGAUCGGGAUCGUUGCCGAGGCGCGCUGUGGAGGUUCAAUAAUGCCAGCAACCCGCUCGCCGGUGUGAGCUCAAAAGAACAAACUCGACUCCUAAAAGAGAUCAUCGUGCCACCAGCGAGCUCCGUCUCCAACUCCCCAGUCAUUGGCGCAACUCGCUCUAUCGGUUCAAUCGGCCAGGGUGUGAUCGUUGAAGCGCCAUUCAUGUGCCAUUACGGAUACAACAUUCACCUGGGAGAAGAUGUGAUGAUCUCGGAGAAUUGCUUGUUCGUGGACGAUUGCGUUAUCCGCGUCGGCGCCCACACGUGGAUUGGUCCCAAUGUCAAAGUCCUAAGCGCCACUGCGAAUCCUAACAUGCAGGAGCGCAAGGGGUCGCAGAGUCGGUACCAAGGCCGUCAAGUCACGAUUGAAGAAGAUUGCUAUGUAGGUGCGGGUUGCGUUAUAUACCCAGGUGUCCGUCUGCACCGGGGUGUAUAUAUAGGCCCGGGAGAAAUUGUCAAACAAGACAUUGCAGCAUAUGGGUUUCAAGGAUCGAAACCUACUUUUAUGUGA